GACAACUUAUCCGUUUCAGUUUCGAACGGACCGGUCCACAGAAUGAACGUACGUACAACCGCUCUUCUUCUACUUUCCUACGUUGUUCAAAGCCGGAUCCUGGCGGAAACUGUUUCGAGCACCACCGUCACUACAACGGCCGAUCUGAUUGUCGCCGAUGGUUACCUUUCCGAGCAACAUCCGGUAGUCACUGGCGACGGGUACCUGCUAACAUUGUUUCGAAUCCCUGGAAGUCCGCGUAACCCACCACAGAAGGGUAAGUCCGUGGUUUUUCUUCAGCAUGGAGUACUCUGUUCGUCGACCGAUUGGGUCAUCAUGGGUCCGAGCAGCUCGCUGGCAUACUUGCUGGUAGAUGCCGGCUAUGAUGUUUGGUUGGGAAAUGCUCGAGGAAACACCUACUCGCGGCAACACCUUCUGGAUGAUCCGUCCAAAGUGAAGUUCUGGGAUUUCAGCUGGCACGAGAUGGGAAUGUACGACUUACCGGCGAUGAUCGAUUACGUGUUGGAUAAAACUGGAGAGGUUUCACUUCACUACGUUGGACAUUCGCAGGGAACAACGUCUUUCUUUGUCAUGGCGUCAAUGCGGCCGGAGUAUAACAGGAAGAUUCGUUCGAUGCAAGCUUUCGCUCCGGUGGCAUUCAUGGGCAACUUGAAGUCUCCGUUUGUUCGUGCGAUGGCUCCGUUCGUGAACCAGAUCGAGUGGAUGAUGCGAAUGUUAGGAGUGAAUGAGUUCCUACCGAACAGUGAGAUGAUGGCGCUCGGUGGACAGAAGGCUUGCAACGAUGAGUCCCUUUUCCAGGAAGUUUGUGCUAGCGUACUGUUUCUGAUUGCUGGUUUCAACUCGGAUCAAAUGAAUCGAACAGUUCUGUCAACUAUUCUACGUCACACACCAGCUGGAGCUUCCGUUACGCAGUUCGUGCAUUAUGCUCAAGGUGUCAACUCGGGUCGCUUCCGACAGUUAGACUACGGCGUUCUGCUCAACUUGCGUCGAUACGGAUCGAUAACUCCACCGAAUUACCCCUUGGAACUUAUAACCGCACCAGUGUUUUUGCACUAUGGUGAUAACGAUUGGCUAGCGGCCGUCGGAGACGUUCAGCAGCUUGAACGACAGCUCGGGAAUUCGGUUGGAUUGUUUCGAGUUCCCGACGAUCGCUGGAAUCACCUGGACUUUACGUACGCCAUCAAUGCGAAGAGUUUGCUGUACGAGCGAGUCAUUGAACUGAUUGCCCGGUGGAAUGUGCCGAUUUAGAAAUAAAUGAAAUGUUGACAUUGAAAACUA